AUGGAUAAUAAGACAUGGAAAGUUGUCAUCAAGGGAUGGGAACAUCCUGUAGUGAAUGACAAAGAUGGGAAGGCUACCACAAAUCUGAAGCCUGAAGAUGACUGGUCUAAGGAAGAAGAUAAACUGGGUCUAGGAAACUCCAAAGCUUUGAAUGCUCUAUUCAAUGGUGUUAACAAAAACAUAUUCAGGCAUCCAACACAACCCAGGGCUAAUCAAAUGGCAUCUAACAUUAGGAAGGAGUGGAUACCCAAGUCUGUCAACACUAGUCUCAUAACUCACACCUCUCUAAGAGGUUCAGCUCGGGAAGACUGGUAUUUAGAUAGUGGAUGUUCUAGACACGUGACAGGUGUCAAGAAGUUCUUGGAGAACAUCAAGUCUUACUCAACCGGUUAUGUCACGUUUAAAGAUGGGGCUAAAGGUGAAAUUAAAGGAGUUGGAAGACUAUCCUCUAUAGGACUCUCAAGUCUUGAUAAUGUCAUGUUGGUAAAAGGCAUGACUGCUAAUUUGUUUAGUAUCAGUAAGCUAUGUGAUGAGGGUCUUAAAGUUAAUUUCACAAGAUCAGAGUGUUUGGUCACUGAUGAGAAAAAUGAAGUUCUGAUGAGGGGAAUCAAGUCUAAGGACAAUUGUUAA